AUGACCUCGAAAGGUUUGACUAUAGCCGGCAUCCUUGCCGCUAGUUUGGUAUCCGCUGACGUCUCUAUCUCCGUGCAAUACGAUGCCACCUACUCGUUGCCGGAAUCUUACGGUUUAUCCUGCUCGGGUAACGGAGCGAAGCCUGCUGGUACGCAGUGUCCUAAGGCCGGUGACGUCGCAACUGCAGACUGCAAGCCGUACCUGUUGUCCUACAGUGGAACGGGGUGCGUCGCCCCAGUCGACGCUAAGUGUGUCCUUGUGAUCAAUGACACAUGGGGGUGUGCAUUUCCUCAGACAGCAACUGUCGAAGCUAGCAAAGCUCACGCUGGCGAAGGAGCAAACUAUGACAAGACUCGAGACGCACCACUUGAUGUCAAUUGUGAUGUUGUUUCAGAUGAAACAAAGUCGGGUAAAUACGGUCACAUGGCUAUGAGGACAAGUGAGGGCGACAGUCAUGGUCACAUGACCUCUGAAGGCGGUAACUACGACCACAGGACUACAGACACAGCCAAGAACGGUAACUAUGGUAGCAAGACUUACACUACCGAGGGUGGUGUAACAACAGGGCACGACGAGCCUGGUGUUUUCAAACAUGACUCGAUGGGAAACAACGAACUCGGUGUUACAUCUGAUGGUAUGAUAGGGCACCAUGAGGGCAAUGGACAUGAUGAACAUACUGAAGCGCUUACGGAGAAAUCGUCUAGUUAUCCAUCCAAAUACGUUACAGGCAACUACCGUACUGAAGAAUUCAAGAACGCCUAUCCGAAUGAAGAGACAAGCGACGCGCAUGUAAUUGAAGACGCUCACCCGACAGAGGAGACAAAGGAUGCGUAUCCAACUGAAGACGCUCAUCCGACAGAAGGUGCCAACCCAACUAAAGAAACUCUGCAAGCCUACCCAACUGAAGAGCCAUCCGAUACUCAACGGGGAUACGAAGCCGCCAAAGUACCGAUCAUCGCCACUAAACUAGAAGGUAUGACUGGACGGGAUAAUGCGGCUGCAAAAGACGACACAACCGCGCUGGGUGGCCUGACCGAAACGCCGGUCGACACCUCCGCUUACACGACUGAAAAUCCGGUCGCCCCUCCUGCUUACACGACUGAAAAUUUGGUCGCCCCUCCUGCUUACACGACCCUUGCGUUGGCUUCACAGUGA